GAGAGAGAGAGAGGGAGUGAAGUCAAGACGGCCAAGGGUACGCGUCGGCUUCUCCCCUCCCCUUCUCACAUGCCACACCACACGGCCGACGGAAAAGAAGCAACGCGGACUCCUGCGUCAAAGGCUGCCUGCCCACCUCCUCACAAUGUGCUCUAGGAAACUGAGUGGCUGGAUGCCGGUCUCUUGCACCAUCCCUCAAUAUCCCCCGUCCGGCCCGUCUGCGACACCACGUAAUCUCUGCAAAAUGGUCGGCAGGGAGGAGGGUGAAACGGGUAACCCGGACGCCUUCAAAUCCCGGCCGCCCUUUACCGCCUGGCCGCCGGGCCAGGCAGCCUGUCCGGCUCUGUGGGGUGAGAAGAUGCAGACACGAAAAUGCAGACAUGAAAACUUGGCAUGUGUCCACUAUGCGCGUGCAUCCUAGAAAGGGCGCCGACAGUUUUGUUGGGCGCUGGCGCAUGCUUCUCGCGGCAAAGUUCCGGUACAUGAAAUGGCGGCACGUUGGGCGGACGCGCAUGGGGGAAAAGAAAAAGCAAUGUCUGGCGUGGCAGCUUUCACUAGUGACCGACAUGGGCAAGAAGAAGAAAAGAAGAAGAAAAUAUUGACGGGUUUAUGGACUCAAGACAGGCCCUUAAUUAGUGAUAUAUAAAAAUACAGAGACAUUACGAGGGCGCAAAUUAGGUCAUGUGUUUGUUUGCUGAGAGCUUGACGAAAAUGAGUUUAUUCAGAACUGGGGCGAUUGCCUGAAGGGUGGAAAUUUUCUCAUUGCCACACCAAACAAACAAACAAACAAGCCAACCACUUUUCCGGGAAACCUCUGCUAUAACCUCCGAGGAGAUACCCCAGACGUCCUGCCCCGCCUACUAGUAAUGGUCCAGUACGUCUUUACGCCCUGGAAGCACCGGCGCGAGCUGCUCGAGGUCCGGGGGCAGUUCUACCCAGAGCUGGCCUCGGCCGCCGCCGCCGCCGCCGCCGCCGCCUCGUCCCACCCUGGCCGCCAGCGCCAGCGCCAGCGCUCCCAUCCGGCCAGGGACUCCAGCCACGCCUGCGCGGCGAGGGCCGAGGGCCAGCGCCGCGCCGUCUCGCGCGUGUCCGUGUGGAUGCAGCGCGGCGGCUGCCCUCACCUGGUCGAGUCCACCGCCAUGCUGGUCGACGCCAUGCUGGCCGACGAGGCCUCGGGCGGCUCCUACGCCGUGCGCGGCGCCUACUCUACUGCUUUUGGCCGAUUCGUGACUGGCCUCCUCGACAGCCACCAGGACAAGUCCCACAAGAUGAGCAUGUACUCGGUCGCCAAGACCAUCGGGCUGCCGGCCACCUUCGUCGAGCUGCGGCACCAGGCCGCCCACGAGCAGCUGCCGUCGCUGACGCGGCUGCGCGCCGGCGCCGCCGCGGGCCUGGACUGGAUCUGGGAGUACUACUGGAAGCAGCUCGCCCUGCACGACGACGGCGACGCGGCGGCGGCGGCGGCGGUGGUAGCAGCAGCAGCAGCAGCAGCAGCAGCAGCAGCAGCAGCAGCAGCAGCAGCAGCAGCAGCAGCAGCAGCAGCAGCAACAGGAGAGGGGAGCUCGGAAUCCCGAGGCGGGCAAGAAGAAGACGGCACCUGCAGGGCCGCGCUCCUGCGCCACCUCCGGGACGGCGCAGAGGCCGCUGCCGCUGCCGCAGGCGACGGCGACGAAGACUGUGGCUCGGCGGAGCUGUGCGCGCUCGCCGACCGCUGGGGCCGCGCCAGGGUCCUCCGCGUGCUGGACGCCGUGGGCGACGAGGCCGCGUCGUCGAUCCCCAUGGACGGCGGGCUGGUGCUCGGCACGCUGCGGCUCUCGAGGCGCGUGGCCGGCCUGGACCUGCCGCAGCAGCAGCAGCAGCAGCAGCCCGCCGACUUCGUCCAGGACGCGGGGGCGCUCAGGGCGGAUCUGGAGCGGUCCAGGCGGGAGCUGGCCGAGAUGGAGGCGCUGGCCGGGGCGCAACAGGAGGAAGGGGAGCGGAACGACGCGGCCGAGGGGGCGGGCGAUGCCGAGGCAGGCGCAGGGGUGGGGGCUAGUGACAACUACGCCUACCUGGUCGUCGACGACAAGUCCAAGGACGCCGUCAUCAUCGACCCGGCCCAUGUCGAGGAGGUCGCGCCCGUUCUGAAGCAGGAGAUGGACGCCGGCAACAUCAAGCUCAAGGCCAUAGUCAACACCCACCACCACUACGACCAUGCGGGAGGCAAUAAGCAGCUGCGGGCCGCCCUUGGAAUCGACGACCUGCCCAUCAUCGGCGGCAAGAGCUGCGAGGCCGUGACGACGACGCCCGCCGACGGCGAGGGCUUCCCGUUCGGCAGCAUCCAGGUCAAGGGCCUGCACACGCCGUGCCACACCCAGGACAGCAUCUGCUGGUUCAUGCAGGACGGCGACGACAAGUUCUUCGAGGGCACCGGCGAGGAGAUGCACAAGGCCCUGAACUUGAAACUGGGCGCGCUCCCUGACGACACCCGCGUGUUUCCCGGUCACGAGUACACAAAGUCAAACGUCAGGUUCGCCGUCUCUGUCCUCCCGAGCGACCCGGUCAAGCAGCUCCAGGACUUUGCCGAGAAGAACCAGGAGACGCAGGGCAAAUUCACCAUUGCCGACGAGAAGAACCACAACGUCUUCAUGCGGCCCGAGGACCCCGCGAUCCAGAAGGCGACGGGGGAGACGGACCCGGUCAAGAUAAUGGUCAAGCUGCGCGAGAUGAAGAACAACUUCAAAUGA